UCUUUUCCGCUCUUGCGCACUACUGAUAUGCUCCUUCCAGUUUAAGCGUCAGUGCCAUGACAACAAGACGAUGGCUUCAAGACGGCGACAAAUGUGAUUUUUUUGCCACCGCGAGGAGUAACAAACCUUCCGGCUUGUAAGACACGUCGGUGAAGAAAGAUGUCUCUCUUCAAGGCACGGGAUUGGUGGUCGACAGCCCUGGGAGAGGGCGAGGAGUUUGACCACGGGUGCGUCUGCGUUGGGGAUGUGGACAACAGCGGCACAGGACACGACAAGGUGGUGGUGGGCAGCUACAUGGGCAUGCUGCGGAUCUUCUCCCCUCACCCCGCCAAACCCACCGAGGGGGGCCAAGGCUCGGCCGAGGCGCAGCUCCUUGAAGUCCAUCUGCAGAACGCCAUCAUCCAGGUGGAGCUGGGGAAGUUUGUCUCGUGUUCAGAUCUUCUCCACCUGGCUGUCCUUCACCCCAGGAAGCUGUCCGUCUUUUCUGUUCUGGGCACGGCGGGCAACGUGGAGCACGGCGACCAGUACCAGAUCAAACUGGUCUAUGAGCACAACCUGCAGAGGACCGCCUGCAAUAUGACAUACGGAACCUUUGGAGGAGUCACGGGUCACCACUCGCUGUGCAUCCAGUCCAUGGACGGCAUGCUGAUGUUUUUCGAGCAGGACAGCUACACUUUCGGAAGGUUCCUGCCGGGCUUUCUGCUUCCCGGCCCGCUGGCCUACAACUCCCGGACGGACAGCUUCCUUACCGUGUCUUCGGCCCGCCAGCUGGAGAGCUACAAGUACGAAACUCUGGCCGUGGCGACGGAGGCAGAAAACCGCCAGGACCCCGAUCAGCCCCUCAAGACCGGCGGCAAAAGGCUGACCCCUGACUGGACGUUGAUCCUGGGCGAGCAGGCCCUGGACAUCUCUGUGCCCUCUUUCUCCCACUCGCCCUCCUCCAUCUUCGUCCUUGGCGAGCGUAACCUCUACUGCCUGCGGGACAACGGGGUGAUCUACUUCAUGAAGAAGAUGGAGUUCAACCCUAGCUGCUUCUUGCCAUACGUGUCGCUGACCGAUGGCACCACCAACCUGUUGCUAGGCAACCACACCAACAUGCUGCUGGUGUACCAGGACGUCACGCUCAAGUGGGCUGCCCAGCUCUCCUUCGUGCCCGUGGCGCUUCGUGUCGCCAACUUCCCGGAUCUGAAGGGUGCCGUGGUGAGCCUGAGCUGGGACGGCCACCUGCUGUGCUCCUACAUGGGCACCGACCCAUCCUUCUUUUCCACGCCCAAGGUGGACGCCCGUGAGGUGGACUACGAGCAGGCCGACGCCGAGAUGAAGAGGCUGCACAAGUUCAUCAGAGAGGCCAGCAGGACUCAGGACAUCCUGCCUAAGGGUGAAAGUGAAGAGGACUUAAAGGUUACGGCGUAUGUGUCUACUGACAUGGACAUCCCUUCGCGAGCUCUGAUCCAAGACAUGGACGGCUUGCCUGUCCCUUCGGUGACCGUAAAAGUGACGGUGAAGGCCAGAAGCGUGUUGGCCUCGUCCAAGCUGACCGUCGGCGUUCAGCCCCCACUUGCCGUCACUCAGGACCAGUUUGUCCUCGAACCUUUAGGUGUGGGCUCGUCCAUUGCUGUUGUCUUUUCAGCUUUUCUCAAUGGCCGCUACCCGCCUGCAGACCUGAGCGGAGACCUCACCCUCUCUUACAGCUCGCCCACAGAGUUCAACCCCAAAGGAGUCCCGCACGUCCACCAGUGCCAGUUCACCCUUCCUCUUGCCCUCAUCUCCAUUGCGUCCUCUCCUAGCAAGAGUAGCGUCUUCAAGAUCACGGUGGACACCAACCAGCCGCCCGUGGACCUGGCCACCAUCUUUCCUGAGUUUACGACCCAGUCGGGAGAUAACGAGGGGAACUGUUUGGCUUUCCGCUUCUUGCCGGGCGGCCUUGUGACCGUGCUGGCCUCCAAAACUUCCCAGCGCUAUCGCAUCCAGAGCGACGCCUUCGAGGACAUGUGGCUGGUGGCCAAGGAACUGCUCCACAGAGUCGACGUUCAUUUCUCCAAGCUGGGAGUUGACAGCUUCAGGAAGAGCUUCGACGGACCGCUGCCCCUCAAAGACUACUUCCUGUCUGUAGACCACCACUUCCAGCUUCGCGUCAGUGCUCAGAAGUACCAGGACCUCCUGUCCGAGCGGGCCGCCCAGUUCCGAGCAGUCCAGCGCCGCCUCCUGACCCGCUUCAAAGACAAAACCCCAGCGCCACUGCAGAACCUGGACACGCUGCUAGACUCCACCUACACCCAGGUGAUGUCUCUGGCGGAGGCGGCAGAGGACAACGUUUGCCAGUUGGAGGAGGCCUUCGUGCGUCUGAGAAGCUCCACGCAGCUGCUGGUGCUGCUGCUGUCACUGUGGCAGGGCCUCACCCCCGAGCAGACCGACAUCCUGGAGGCCACCAUGGUGCCGAUGCUGCAGGACACGCCGCAAUUGGGCUGGGAGGAGAGCUGCGACGCGGCCGUGUCGCACCUCCUGAGGACGUGUCUGUCCCGCAGCCCCAAGGACCAGGCCACCACGCUGGCCCAGGCCGGGGGGCCCAUGCUGGGUCUGCCCCGGGACACGGCCCGCCUCAAGAAGCACAUCACGCUGUUGUGCGAGCGCCUCGCCAAAGGAGGGCGCCUCACGCUGGCCUCCGAGGCCAACGUCCAGGUCCCCGCGCGGGUCCAGAACUUGGCCGCCCCCGGCGGCGUGGAACCCAUCGCAGAGCUGGCGGGAGAGGAGACGGAGGAGCCUCAGGACGCCACCAAGUUCAUAAAGAAGAAACAACCUUCAAAGAAAGUCAAGAAAGAUAAAGACUCCAAAGACAAAAAAGUCUCCAGCGAGCCAUCAGAGAGCGCCCUGAGAGAAGAAGCCGCGGUGAAAAAGAAGGAGUCCUCCAAAGAGAAGAAGGACACCAAGAAGGAGGCGACCAAGGAAGUGAAGGAGGAGGCCAAGGAAGCCAAGAAGGAGUCAUCAUCAUCUUCCAAGGAGAAGAAGGAGCGAGACAAGGAGGCCGGCAAGGAGGCAGGAGACAAGAAAGUGUCCAAAAAGACGUCUGCGGGAAAAGUCAAAGAGAAGAAGAAGGAACCUGAGGCUGGAGAGGCCUGAUAUCACAAAUCACUUGCACAAACAAACUGAAACCUGAGCACGAGAUUCCAACCCUCAACCCCACUGUGAGGCAAACGUGCUAACCACUAUCGCACCAUGCUGUACUUACAUAUACAGUACAUAUACAUUGUAAUUUGAAUUACUCACGCUCAUAAGCCUUUUUCACGCAAAGUCUCUCUUAAAUUGACAAAACCUGCAUUUUGAAACCUUACACUGUGAAAAGUAUGGGUAUUCCCACAUCCCCCACGUGGGAGACAAAAGCUGAGCGUUUUGAAACCUUACACAGCGAAAAGUGUGGGUGUCCAAACAGCCAAAUCCCGCACGGGCGCAACAGAAAAUUUGCAUUCAGAGAGCUUUCAUUGAAAAAACUGUGGGUGUCUUAAGACCUACAUGCCCCAUUGGUGCAACAAAAAAAUGUGGGUGUUGAAACCUUACACCGGGAACAGUUUGGGUGUCCAAGCACCCGCAUCCCCGCAGAGAUGAGGAAAAGUUUGCGAUUUGAAACCUUUCAUUGAGUAAUUAUAAGUGUGCAAACACACAUAUAUUAACACCCACCUUCUCCACUAAUGAAAGUUUACACUGGGAAAAGUAUGGGUGUCUAAACACCCACAUCCCCCACAGGCACAAUGAAAAGUUUGCGUUUUGAAAACUCCCCUGCUUGGAUUGGGCGAUUUUUGCAGAAACUGCAAGUGUGAAAUAGGCGAUGGACUCGCCAGUGUAAUUCCGAAAAGACCCUCUGCCUCCCCAGUCGUCCCCUGAAGCCCCCCAUCCCACACACUCUCCCGGCAUAAACCUCCCACUGUGUCCUCAGGCUUCCAGGUCAAUGUGUAUCAAACCCCCCUACGCCCCACCCCCAAAGCAGUUUGUCCCUGUCAAGCACGGGGCGCUGUGGGAUCGAGGGGGGUUAAAGACUACGUAAACACUCUGUGUCCAUUACGUUAGCUGACUUGUCUUUACAGUUACAAUGAAACUUGAUUUUAAUCACGUGAGCUCAGGUAAAAAUUUUGUAUUUCCAAUGAUACUAGUUAGUAAUAGCCGGUAACCAUGGCAACAUGUUCAUGUUUGUCAGCGAGCAUGUUGUUAGCAUUAAUGUCGUCUGCUUAGUUGGAGCAAAUAUUUGGGAGAGAAACGAGUAAAGCAUACUUCUUUAUUAUUAUCAUGACAAGAAUCACAAAUUAAACAAUAAUAAAAACGGAUGAGAAAUGUCAUGAACAGGCUUUGAGAUCACUCCAGUGCCAUUUUUCCCACAAUUCCCAGCAGCGUCUCUGGAUUCCGGUUUGUAACAUAGUCAACGUUUUGUACAUCUUUGUGGAUAGAAACAACUUGAUUAUUAAAGAAAAGUCAAUGAUAAUGGAAAAAAAUCCCUUUCUGUUUGUAUAUUUUUGGGGUUUGCAUUUUCUUGUCUCUUUUUUGCUUUUUGGGUUUUUAUUGUGCAUUUGUAUUAGUUUUUAUUACUUUAUUAGUUACUUUUUAUUUCUUUUGAUUAUUUUUCUUCUGUUUAUUCCUUUUUAUCUCUUAAUCCUGAUUCUUUUUUUCUGUUUAACGUUUUAAUAGUUGAAUCUUUUUUCUUUCUUUCAGUUGUUUCUUUUUGUUUUGGGCUUUUGUUUUAUGUUUCAUUUUAUUUGUCUCUGAUUUUUUCACAUUUGUCUUGUUAUUGUCUUUAUUUUUGUAUUAUUAUUAUUUUCUUUUCCUUUAGUCUUUUUUAAUAGUUUUCCCGUUCCUUCUGUUCGUCAAGUUAAAAAAAAAUUCCCUGUAUUUACAAUUUCCUCCUCUCUUUAUUGUGAUACUUUUUCCCUUUUUUUGUUUUGGUCGUUAUUUGCUUUUCUCUAUUUGUUUGAUUUUCAUUUUUGUACUUAUAAUUUUUUACUUAUUUUUAUUAAUUUGCCCUUUUUUCUGUUCGUUAACAUUGAACUUAUUAGUUCAUCUUAUGUAUUGUUUUCUCCCUCUUUUUAGUUUUCCAUUUUUUCCUUUCCUUUAUUGUUCUUAUGUUUUUCUUGUAUUUAUUUUAUUUGUUUUUCCUUCUCUGGUUUUGUUUUUUAUUCCUCUUGGAUGCAUUCUUUGAUGAGAAAAUGCAUGUGGUGCAGUUCUGCAGGUUAGAACUCCUAAGCCAACUCAAACAUGCAGGUAACACACAGACACACGCACACACACGCUCUGUUUGAAUGUGUUGCUGCUCCAUACGUGUUAAAGUAGCAUUUGUUUUCGGUUUACAAUUACAUUACAUCUAAGCUCAUUUCUGUAACCCCUCUAUGGCGUUUCGCAUUAUAUGUUCGCAUUAAGCAAGUGGACUUUCGUUAGAUGAAAUAAUAUGGUGUGGUUUAACAUUUUGGAGUUUGAAUAUACAAUUUUUAAUUCUCUUUUGUCCGAUGCGUCACUUUUACAGUAAACUGCAGGCAAGUAUUUUGUAGUUUCUUCAAAUGUAUGUUUUAUGCUAGUCUCUCAUUUGUUGACUGUGAGUGAGAACAGGUGUUAAGGAAAACAUUAAAAGUAUUUUAUAGUAA